CCCAGGCGUGAAGAUGCAGGUGGAUAAAAUGCAUCAGUUCCGAGCGCUCGUCACUCGACAGUCUCACUGAUCAUCCAUUGCAUCACGUUAUGAACAGCCAGCCGUCGACCUCGGACCGCAAUGACAAUGAACAGUCGUCUUCGCCUAAGCGGAAGAAGGUACGGCAAAAGUACGCGCCGAAAGCAUGCGUGUCCUGUAGGAGAUCAAAGUUGAAAUGCUCCGGCCACAACCCCUGCCAGCGCUGUCGGGAUCACGGCAAGCGCUGCUUCUUUUCAGAGGACCAGACGGCAGCUGAAGCCUUGCAAAAUCUUAGUCGGCCUUCGCUUCCACAGCAAGCGGCCAACCCCGUGUCAGAGAGCAACGGUAGCAGCCUUACACGACGUAACCUUAUGCCCCGACAUCGGGACAAUGAGCGAACAGCCAGUGAUGCGAGCGAUCUUGGCCUGUCAAUGGAGGCACGCAUGUCUCGUAUCGAGGUCAUGAUGGAGGCUCUACUACAAGAACGAGCUAUGUACGCAGCGUCCAAUGGGAAUCCUGAGCGUGACGACACUGGCAGUGACAUUCCAAUGUCGUUACCCUUAGUAGACCCCAUUAACCCAGCUCUAUCCUUCCUGAGCCAGCCACCACACGACAGUCAGCCUCAAGAUGCCAUAGACCCACUGCUGGGCACCGAUACUACUACUAUACGGUUCGGCGGUCAGAGCUUCGUCUUUCCUGUUCCGACCGUGUAUCAGAAUCACAUUGACACCUUUUUCCGUGAACUACAGGUUUGUCAUCCUUGUAUCGACGAACAUCUUUUUCGAACCCGAAGCGUUAAGAUGCUAGCAGAAGCAAAAGUGCACCCAGACAAUGCAUGCUUCCUGGCUUUGAAUUACAUCAUAUUCGCCCUACAUGCCGCUUCGACAGAGGGUACAAGGCCUGGCUCUGAUGAUAAACUUGCAGGGUGGCAUUGGCUUCAGCUCGCUGAUGACGUGAUUGGCAAGAGACAGUUUUACGGACAAGGAGAUAUCAGCCUAGCGCAAUUCUUAUUCUUGAAGGCAAUCUACUGCACCCUGGUCGACCAGCCCGGUCUUGCUUAUAGCUCGAUAGGAUCUGCCAGCAGUUACGUGCUUCAACAAGGUCUCAACCGUCAAGCCUCUCUUCACGAAGCCGGGGUCUGGGAGUCUUUCGAGCGCUUACGCGUAUUCUGGAACAUCCUCAUCGCAGAUCGUCGCAUAUCUUUGUCCUGCGGUCGUCCCUACACCAUACGAGAUACAGAUAUUGAUGUGGAAAGGCCGAGCAAUUUUUACCAGCGGGGCAUAGCUCCAAACUUGCAGCUCUCGCAAGAGCACGCCCAGAUCCACAAAGUUGACAGCGAAAGCAAGUUCUUGGGCUGCAUGGUUGACUGGUCCCGUUUCGCUGGCUCGCUGUGGGACGGCGUCCUCGCCGCCCAUGUAUCUGCGGACACUCUUGCUGAUAACGUCGCCACGUUUGAUGCCGCUGUGGCUGAUUUCCUCGACAACACGUUGCAGGCGCUGAAAACUGACUUUCACCCAUCGCAGCGCCACCCCUAUGUCUGUAUGAGCUUCGACAAUCUCCGAGUCAUUGCUCGGCGUACGGUGGUGACUUCUCUGGAUUUUGAACGUGCUACCGUGCUCGACUGCAGCAGACUCGCUGUUGACACGCUCGCACAUGUUCAAGCGUACGAUGCUGAUAUCAGAUACCCGUUGACGUGCAUUCUGCGACACCAUAUCGUACCCUCUUUGGCAAGCAGUCUCCUUCUGCUCUGCAGCAUCCUUGUCAGCGACCUAGACGCUUUCGGUCUUCCCCUAGACGAGUGGCUCCCGUUGGUUCACGCGACCUUUGACAGCACCGUUGCUCUUCUUCUCGAUCUAGCAGACGAGCUCUCAUCUGCUCGCCGUGUGCUCAGGGAUUUCGAAAAGAUUCUUCCAGUGGUACAAGCGGUGCUUGCAAGAUGGUCUGCCCAGACCCAGCUCCUCCAAGGCCCAUUGGAGUGGGGCAUAGUGAGAGAUAUCAUCCCGCCAAACGUCACAGAGCUUCUUCCCUACACCGAACAGGUCCCCGACAUCCGCUCAAAGGCGCUCCAGGGGAUGUGGGCCGGCAACGGAGGGCACCUGGAGACAGACCGCAGCUGGGAUGAGAGCUACGGAGUACGCGGCGCACGAAGUGGUGUACUCUGGAUAUGAAACACAUGAAGCAGAAUGUAGCGGGCGUUUGUCAUAGUUUGAUUGUUUAUGUACCCGUAUCGCUGUGCUUGGCUCAUAUAGAUACCCAUUUUCUUGCCGUAGAUGUAGCGGGCGUUAGUUACAUUACAGUCAAUGUCAGACAGUUGUGGCUGCAUCACCGUUGUUCACU